UUGUUCCUAAUGUGGGCGUGACUCUCAACAUCCUAAUGCUCAAAGAAAAUCGAUCCAGGGAAUUGUCAAAAACGAAACGCUUUCGAUUGGGGUUUACAAGGAGAGGACGGUACUUUACAGCAGGAGGUUUACCUGCAACCGUUAAACGACGAAAUGGCUACCGACAUACCCUUGAAUAUGGUGUUGGCUCCUCACCCGGCUCCUCACCCAGCCCCACCCUCACCCCCAGACCCUGCCCUGGCCUUGCCUUCUGCUCUCAGCUCCAGUGCAAUCCAAGACCCGAUUCCCACCCAGGUGCCAGUAAUAGCUGAAACUCCUGACACAACAGUGACCUCAGAACAUGAUACUGCUUCAGAUCUCAACCCAGCUCAGCCCGCAGACCCAAACUUGGCCCCAGAACCCAUUCCAGGUUCUGAACUGCCCCCGGUUCAACUGCCCUCACCACUGCCACCAGUCAGUGUCAAGAACCCAAGCUGCAAGAUCAUGACCUUCCGGCCCACCAUGGAUGAGUUCAAAGACUUUGCUAAAUACAUUGUCUACAUGGAGAGUCAAGGAGCUCACCGUGCUGGUCUGGCAAAGGUGAUUCCACCGGAGGGCUGGAAACCACGCAAGUCCUAUGACACCAUUGAAGACAUGGUGAUUCCCGCUCCCAUCAUGCAGGUGGUGACUGGUCAGUCGGGUUUGUUCACCCAAUAUAACAUCCAGAAAAAAUCCAUGACUGUGGGCGAGUAUCGCAAGUUGGCCAACAGCAAAAAGUACUGCACACCUCGCCACAAAGACUUUGAUGAUUUGGAGAGGAAGUACUGGAAAAACCUGACAUUCGUUUCGCCCAUUUAUGGUGCGGAUGUCAGUGGCUCUAUCUAUGAUGAGGACAUUCAAGAGUGGAACAUUGGCCAUCUCAACACGCUGCUGGAUAUGGUGGAGCAGGAGUGUGGUAUUGUCAUUGAAGGCGUCAAUACUCCAUACCUGUAUUUUGGCAUGUGGAAAACCACAUUUGCCUGGCACACUGAGGACAUGGACCUCUACAGUAUCAACUACCUGCACUUUGGACAGCCCAAGUCCUGGUAUGCCGUCCCACCUGAGCACGGCAAAAGGCUGGAGAGGCUCGCACAAGGCUUCUUCCCUGGCAGUUCCCAAGGCUGUGAUGCUUUCCUUCGCCACAAGAUGACGCUGAUAUCUCCAUCCAUUCUAAAGAAAUACGGAAUUCCAUUCGACAGGAUAACUCAAAAUGAAGGGGAGUUUAUGAUAACCUUUCCUUAUGGCUACCAUGCCGGAUUCAACCAUGGCUUCAACUGUGCAGAGUCCACAAACUUUGCCACCCUGCGUUGGGUGGACUACGGCAAGAUGGCUACCCUGUGUACCUGUCGUAAGGACAUGGUCAAGAUUUCCAUGGAUGUGUUUGUGCGCUGCCUGCAGCCGGACCGCUAUGAGUUGUGGAAACAGGGUAAAGACUCCACAGUCCUAGACCACCUUAAGGUCACUGAGCUCAGCAGCCCUGAACUAGAGCGCUGGAGGCAGCAUCGUGUCACCUACCGAGAAAAUGUCCUGCGAAGGGCCAUGCAGAAGAUGAAACAGUUUCGUCGUCUAAAGCUGGAGGAGGUGAAGGUGCUGGCUGAGGAGGGCAUUGAACUGAAUGCUGCUGAGUACCAGCAUCAGGUAGAGCAGCGUGAGGCCCAGCGGAGGCAGGAGAAGGAGGAUCGUUUAGCCAGAGAGGCCAUGAUGACCCUGGAGGCCAUGGAGCGUGAGGAGCAGGAGGCUGCUGCCAAAGCAGCAUGGACUCCAGAGCUUGAGGCCAAACCACAAAACCUGACAGAAGACUUUGAGAAAAAGAAGCAGAAAAAGCUGAAGAAGACAUCAAAUAUCCACAACUCCAUCACUGGAUUUGAAGAAGCAUUUAAGCAAUUUGCUACAUCUUCCACCAAGAACUCAAAGAACACCAUGGGGAACCCUCUAACCCCAAGGCAGAGUGACAUCCCAGCAGACAGCAAACUGGAUGUGAACACCACCCAGGCAUCCUACCCGAAGAUGAAGAUGCCAAAAGAGGUGAAAAAGAGCCGCCGUCAUCCCCUCAGCAAGCCACCCAGCAAGACCCCUCUUUCCAUUGUUAAGCAAGACCCAGCCAGCGACAGAGAGCUGUCCUCCCCCAUGUCGCUGGACAGUGACAUGAAGAAACAGGAGCACCUUUGGCAGAAUCACUCACCAAACUUCCUGACAGAGAAGGCCUUCAAUGAAGCAGUGGCAGCACUUGAACCAUACUGUGCUGUUUGUUCACUCUUUUGUCCCUACAGAAAGUCACAAAAAGACAUCUCCUUUGCAAAGGACAGCCCUCACACCUCUCCUCCACGCCAUGGCAGUCUGACUCGUCCGCUGGUCCCAGAGAUGUGCUUCAGUGUUGGGGCAGGAAAUACCGAGCCUCCACCCACCAACUUCCACAUUGGAGAGGAUGGAACCAGUCUUCUGAUUCGCUGUUCAUCUUGCUACAUGCAGGUUCAUGCCAGCUGUUAUGGUGUAAAGUCAGAUUCUGUCAGUGAUUCCUGGAUGUGCUCCAGGUGUACAGCAGGAGCUUGGACAAUGGAGUGUUGUCUUUGUAACUUGCGUGGAGGAGCUUUGAAGAUUACCACAGACGACCGGUGGGUUCAUGUCAUCUGUGGCAUCGCUGUGGCUGAAGCUCGCUUUGUCAACGCCAGUGAGAGGGAGCCGGUGGAUGUCUCUGCCGUUCCAGAAACCCGCAAGAAUCUGAAGUGUGUGUUCUGCCAUGGCAAGACUACCAGUCAGAACCGUGGUGCCUGCAUCCAGUGCUCUCACGAGAACUGUGCCACCUCUUUCCACGUCACCUGCGCCCAAAUUGCUGGAGUAACCAUGAAGCCUGCUGACUGGCCCUAUGUGGUGUCUGUCUCUUGCCACAGGCAUAAAAAGGUCAUUACAAAGCCACGGACAGUACCCAAAGGCACACAGAAUCUGAACCUUGGCCAGAGAGUGGUCGGUCGCAACAGUGAUGGCUGGUACUACCACUGUACCAUCAUUGGCAUGGCAACGCAGACGUUCUAUGAGGUCAACUUUACUGAUGGCUCAUACUGUGACAAUUUGCAUCCAGAAAACAUAUUAAGUCAUGACUGCCUGCAUAGCGGCCCUCCUGAUGUAGGGGACAAGAUUGUGGUUGGCACCCCUGAUGGUCUUGUCCUCAAUGCUUCUUUUGUCAAACAGCACACACACAAGUUGUACCAGGUUGAGUUUCCUGACCAGAGUCAGCUGAUGCUCAAACACUCAGAGAUCCAUCAGCUAGACCAGGAACUGCCCAAGAGGGUUCGAUCCAGGCUUGCCACACCUGUGCCCCAGGAGGAUUCCCCAUCAGAUGAAGCCCAAGCAGCCAAACGCCGCUGCUUGCCCUCUAGCUCAGCUCCACCUGCCAAUUCCCACAUGGAAACGGCUAGUCCACCCACCUGCCCCUUAACAGUCCAAGGAGCAACAAAGCAUGACAGCGUUAUUACCCAGCCCACCUCCCAGCCUAUGUCACAGCCCAGCAUGACCACACAGGAUGCCCCCACCCCAAAUGACUGUAUUCAGAUGGACACUGAGACCCCAAUGGACACUAGUGUUGCCCUCUCCAACACUCUAGCACAGUCAACCCUGGCUUCAGACACCACGCUGGCUCCACAGACAACCCCUUUUCAGUCAACAUUGAACUCUGAUCCUCUCCUGUCGCCUCCCCUGCCCCCCCAGCACAUGUCCAGCAGCUAUAUGCCAAGCAGUGGCUAUGUUUCCUACAUGGAAACCCUCCUGCAUUCGCAUUUCCCUCAGGACGAUGGCGCCGGACCCUUGUAUUAGUAACUGACUUCACUAUGUUAUUAGUUAGCUAGUGGAGGCUGAGCCAAUAGGAAGUAAGCUAAUGGAAGUGGAUUCUGAUCCUGUAUUAAUGGACAAAAUUACUUCCUGAACGAGCUCUGAGAACUUAGGGCAGAGCAGGAGGGGGUGUGGACAUCAAUGCAUGUUACUAUCUGUUUUUUUUUUUUUUUAAAGUUGAUGUGCUUUAGCCCGCUAUGAAGCAGCAGCUAACAGGACAGGGCUUUUUAUUUGUAAUAUUAAUGUUGUUAUUAAUAUUAUUAUUAUUAUUAUUAUUAUUUGUUGUUUUUUUUUUUAAGGCCUUUAUCUUUUUUCACCUGUGGCCAGCUGCUGUGCUUUUCUCUUCCAUCUUAAUAUGAGUCUCUGGAUGAUAUCAACUCCAUACCUCGUUGCAAUUAAUCGGUAACAGCACAUUCCCGUUUUCUUUUUACAGGAAGCUAAUUACUCUAACAGCCUCUGAGCAGUGAGGCCCAGUGGUCUCCACAGUUUUUUUUAAGUCAAAUAACCAGCAACAAAGUAUCUAUUUUUCAAUCCAGCCCCUUGUGGCUUUGAAACUGACAAAGUGUCACAUUGAUAUUCUCAGCACGGUGUUUUGUUGUCUGGUUGCAAGAGGUAAGUGGGGAAACGGGGUUAAAAAUGUAUUGUAGGGGGAACUCAGUAUUUAAAUGUCUUAGUCAAAUAUUGAAAUAUUUGUAAUAGAAUAAAUGUGUUGAAUUGCAACACUAGUAGAUUUGUACACAGAAUACAUUGAUUUUUUGUGAAGAUGUCACAGUAGUUAAAACCUUUAUGUAUUGACGACAUUGAAACUCUUUUCACACCCGAAUUUGUCUUGGGGUUCCUACGUGUGGAAAAUCAAUUCAGUUUUAAACAUCAAAGCCUUUAUGCAGGAAGUAGAGAACAGCCAGGAAGAAUGACUCAAAGCUAGUCAUGAUUUGAAUAUCCAUUGGCUGUAUUGUCAUAUUUGCUCCUGUUAACAGCUUGUCUGUUGCGCUAAGUGUGAUGUCUUUGUGUACUGUCACAUAUUGGCUAUUAGCACAUAAAUGGGCCAAAAUGAAUGAAGGGAAUUUAAAUUAUGAAAGUGUGGAAAAUGUCUGAUAUUUGGAAAAAUUAUGUAGGAAUCCUAAAACCUAAAAAAUAUUUUGUACUCCUCUUGGUUUAAAUUUUAUGUAUAAAUCAAUAUUGUAUAUUGUUAAUGCUGUCUGUUUUCUAUUAUUCUAUGUUAAUUUUCUGAAAUUAAUUUACAAACCUGGCUGAUCUAAAAUAUCAAUGCCUUUAUUUUUGACAGAUUUUUUGCAGGCAUAUUACUAGUUUGUACAGAUGUUAUGUCUGUCUUUUUCCUGGUUGUGGCCGUUUUGUGCUACACAGGUGCUACAGAAAUAAACUACUGAUAGACUGUUCACCAACACAGUCACCUUGUGAAUAUACCACAGGCCUUGUGUAUUGUGAAAUUUGUAAAUGUUGCAUCUAAUUUUACCAUUUUUUUCUGUCACCACAGCUAAAAUGUUGGAACACAUGUGUGUUCUGGUAUCCAAAUGAUAUCCAUCAAAAAUUCUUCAUCUUCAUAAGGAUUAAAGUGGUUUACUAGUCGCCAGCUCUUCUGUGUUUUGUGUAUUCAGUAGCCCAGAAAGUAGUUUCUGGGUGAAAAUCCUCAAACUAUGGACAGAUAAUGAAAGU